GCAGGAACGCACAGGCACACAGUUUCCUCCUCCGUUGGAGACAUGCGACGCGCAAAUGAAACUCGUCAGCUUAAAAGCGUCCAACGUGUACGCCGAAGAGAAGGACGAUGCCACAAACACGAUCGACUUCACAAAGAUGAUAGGGGUGGAGCAUCACCUGCAGCGCGAGCUGGUCCGGCCAACACCAUCCCUAACAGGAUGCGCACCACCCCGCCACGCCGACAUGGGCAUGGGCUUGUACCGCUUCUCCAACGCCACAAAUCCGGUUUUUAUCUUCGUCAGCGCCGAUGACCGCAGCAGUGUGUGCGCGCGCUUCUUUUGCACCCGUUUUGUGCACUACUUCCGCUGGAAAGGCGAAAGCAUUCAGUUCUACGUCGCGUCUGCGAACUUUCAUGACCACAAACCAGCCUGCUUUGACGCGCAACGGGAGGCGUGGCGGGAGCACAAUCGGCGAUGCAUCGAUGCUGCCGUAAACUACUUCACCUCUGACCCGAAGCUGGGUUUUGUGGCGACGCCGGUGGCCUUUAUUUACACCGACUGCAGAGCAAAGAGCACGCGGGAGGAGAUAUUGAAGCUGCUCCCGCACGACCGCCCCUUUCUCAUCCGCUGGCUUUACUUUGCCGAGGACUGGGACACGGCGGAUGAGGAAAUGGAUCGACGCAUCAUGGUCAGCCUGCAGCGCCAGGCGUUGCGUGUGUCGCGGUGCAGCGGCAGCGUCGUCUGCUCCGACAUGGCGAGCUUCCUGAACGCGAUGCUGCCUGUCUUGUAUCAGCUGUACACGAAGGAGCCGGUCGACGGGGCACCGAGCGAGACUCUCCGCUCGUUUCCUCCUGUCUUCUUCACGCGACACGGUCAAUCGGAGUACAACGUAGAGGACCGCCUAGGCGGCAAUUCGGAUCUCACAGAUACCGGUCGAGAAGACGCGGAGGCCAUCGCGUACUUCUUCGAACACGAGGUGCGCACGAAUGAGCGGCUGUUCGCGGACCGCAGCGUGUCUUGGGGAGAGAACGCCGCGUUUGAGGUGUGGUGCAGCCAGCUGCGGCGCACGCAGAGCACAGCGCAGCCGACGGCGAACAUUCUCACUGAGGGGGUGCUGAAGACGUUGAAGUCACUUAACGAGAUACACGCCGGCAUUUGCGAGGACAUGACAAACGAUGAGAUCAAACUGCUCUACCCUUUUAUCCAAUCCUUCCGUCACAUGGACAAGGUUGGCUUUCGCUACCCCGACGGCGAAUCCUACGUUGACCUGGUGCGCCGCCUCACGCCGCUGCUAAUCGACUUGAACAACUGCACCAAGUGUGUGGUGGUCGUGGCACAUCAGGCUGUCCUGCGCACCGUGCUCUCUUUCUUUGGUGGUCGACCGGUCGAGGAGGCGGUGCACGUGCCGUGCCCUCAGCGCACGGUGUGGGUCUGCACCACGAAUCGCCUCGGCGAACCUCAGCUCGCAGAGAUCACGCUAUCGCGCCGUCGAAAAGACGAAGGGGAGACGCAGGCGAGGUGGGAGGGGUGGUGA